AUGAGCAAAUUGAAGACGGGUGUAAUACCCGAUAUUGAUGAUGACGAUACAGAAGAUGAAGAUGAUGAGGAAGGUGAAGAUGAUAAGGAAGGUGAAGACGAUACGAAAGAUGAAGACAGUACGGAAGAUGAAAACGAUCAGGAAGACGAAAUCGUGAAGAUGAAAAUAACACUUAGUAAGAAAGAGAAAGAUCAAGGAACCAUUCUCAUGUGGCUUGCUGAAAUCGAUGAGAGAUUUCUCAAAUGCAAACCAGUCGAAAAUUUGAGAAUCAAAUUCGAUGGAGAACAUGCUGAAUCGGACAGUGCACAACCAUGA